AUGCUACCCACCCAGCCCAAGACACCAGGCAGGAUACUAACCAACCCAAGACAUCAGACACGCUACCCACCCAGCCCAAGACAACCAGGCACGAUACUAACCAACCCAAGACAUCAGACACGCUACCCACCCAGCCCAAGACAACCAGCCCAAGACACCAGGCAGGAUACUAACCAACCCAAGACAUCAGACACGCUACUCACCCAGCCCAAGACACCAGGUACGAUACCAACCAACCCAAGACAUCAGACACGCUACCCACUCAGCCCAAGACAACCUGGCACGAUACCUACCAACCCAGGACAUCAGACACGCUACCCACCCCGCCCAAGACAUCAGACACGAUACCCACCCAGCCCAAGACAACCAGUCACGAUACUAACCAACCCAAGACAUGAGACACGCUACCCACCCAGCCCAAGACAACCAGUCAUGAUACCUACCAACCCAAGACAUCAGACACGAUACCCACCCAGCCCAAGGCACGAUACCAACCAGUCCAAGACAUCAGACACGCUACCCACCCAGCCCAAGACAACCAGGCACGAUACUAACCAACCCAAGACAUCAGACACGCUACCCACCCAGCCCAAGACACCAGAUACGAUAACAACCAACCAAAGACAUCAGACACGCUCCCCACCCAGCCCAAGACAACCAGUCACGAUACCAACCAACCCAAGACAUCAGACACGAUUCCCACCCAGCUCAAGACACCAGAUACCAUAA